UGUUGUCCACCAAUAACAUGGGAGUUUCGCAGGGCUGUCCUCUUGGUUGUAAAAGAUGGCGGAAGCAAUGAGGCAGACUGUGGCUAAAAUGCUGACAGGAAUAGAAAGAUAUAACCCAGAUAAUCUACAGACCCUGGAGAGUUAUGUUGAGUAUCAGUCUAGGGAAAAUACUUAUGAUCUUGAAGCUAACCUUGCUGUUUUGAAGUUAUAUCAAUUUAAUCCACCGCGGUACAAUAGCAGUGUCACAUGUCAGAUUUUACUAAAAGCGCUCACGAAUUUCCCUCACACAGACUUUGUGCUGUGUAAAUGCCUUUUGAGUGCAAAACAUCUUGCAGAUCCACAGAUAGGUCAUAUAAUGUAUUUGGCAGACAUUCUAGAGAGUUGUGAUUUCCAGCAGUUCUGGGGCCGUGUUCAUUCAAUGCCUGAGCUGUGUUCUCAGAUAACUGGUUUUCAUGAUUCCAUUAGAAAAUUUGUGUGCCAUGUUGUUGGUAUUACAUUCCAAACAGUUGACAGGGUUGUACUGGCCAGUCUUCUUGGAGGUGUGGAUGAUCAGACACUAAAACACUGGGUGAAGAAGUAUGGUUGGAAGGAAGAGGACAGUGGUAUGAUUUUCAUUGCAAAUCAAGAUGAAAAUAUAAAAACAAAGAAUAUCACUGAAAAAAUUGAUUUUGAAAAUGCUGCUGCAAUAAUGGCAGCAUCACGUUAAAUUGUGUCUGUUUGUCACUUCAUCUUAGAAAAUUUGUUUUUACACAUAACAGGCAACAAAUGUUUUGUUAUAUAUUGCAAAACUUAUGUCUGUAAUGUGACAGAAUACAACAGCUAAUAGACAGGUGCAAAGUGCUUUUUUCUUUAUAUUAUACUUUCACGUGCAUGAGUGACUGUAGACAGGAUUUGGAUUGGUAAUUGGAGUUACUGGGCUCUUACAGAUUCAUGACUACAAGCAACUACAGCGCUAUCUCUAAUUCACACACUUAAGCCUUCUCAGCCUGCUGUGUCUUCACUAGCCGUUGCGUGGUAGUGGCUUUUACGGCGGACGUUCUGCUUCAUUUGGGUUUCCAAACUAACCCUGGGCUCAGCUACCAGCUUCUUACAGCAAUGGCUCACAGCAGUUCCCUGACUGACUAACACACUCCACUCCACUGACUGACUGAUUCCCAGGCUGGCGGCCAUCUCAACGCUUGUCUCUUAAUCUUCUAACUGCCGUCUCAUAGCUGUAGCAUGGACCUCAUAGAGAACACCGCUUCCAACAGCUCUUCUAGUACUUUGUGCCAUUACCUAGCAGCGGCCAUUGUCUGCAGAGCAAUUACUUAGGAACAGCUAUUGUAUAGCUGCUUAUUUAGCCUAUUAUUAUCAUUGCCUAGCAACUGGUGUACAUGCUACAAUUUUGUGGCAUAGAGACUCAUUGCUAAGUGGUGACUUUGUAACUGCAACUGUUUCAGGGCAGUGGCUUGGUAAACACAUUCUUGCAGAACGAAUAUGCAUGCAACAAGAGAGUUACCGUUGGAAACGGGUUGUUUUCUAUGUGAUUCAUGCCAAAAUGUUAUAACCAGGACAGUUGGAGCAAAGAGUUCAGUUGUGAGUAGUAUUAGCUGAAGAAUCUCCAUUGUUGAGAGCUGUUACCAAGCAACAACUAGGGAGGACUACAAAAGACUACGGCUUGGCAUGUGCUAUAGUGUUUUAUAAAGUAUGUAGAUCAGCGAUAGCACUGUAAUUGCCUGUAGUUCUGAGUCGUGUGUAUAAGUGGUCAGUAAGUCCAUUCAGCAAUUCAAACCCUGUCUGUAGUCACACAUUACAUGAUAAUGUUUUAAGCUUUCAUGGGGACAUAAUGUGUAGAGCAGUCAGCUGUGCAGUAACUAUCCAGCAUUUUGGAGACCGCGGCGAGGAAUUGAUGUAGCCAGUGAUGUCUGCCCAUCGAUUAUAUACACAUCUCACAUUCUGCUGUUCACAUGCUUAGAGGAUGUUGUAUAAACAGAGAACAGCUGCACCAUCCACAUCAGCUCCCUGACAGUGAACAUGGAGACCAUAUCCAUAAUGUCAAAUACUAUCUUCAUUUAGACGUGGCUGAUUGCCUGAGAAGACUCUGUGACUUUACUAUUCCCUGUGUUAGCAGUUUUAGUUUUAAUAUAUCUCUUUCCUGUGUAAAU